AUGAAGGUUCUCCUCCACUGUCAGAGACUUAGAUUCAUCUGGCUUGCCAAGCCGGCCGGCCGGCACUUCCACAGAGAUCCCGGGCUCUGGGCACCUCUGACACUGGAUGACUUUGAAGCUAUCAAUCGCUGUGAGAAGUCAUUACCUAAGAACUUUAACUUUGCUGCAGAUGUACUGGACCAGUGGUCCCUAAAGGAGAAGUCUGGAGAGAGGCCAGCCAACCCAGCCCUGUGGUGGGUGAAUGGCAAAGGAGACGAGGUGAAAUGGAGCUUCCAAGAACUGGGCUCCUUGUCCCGAAAGGCUGCCAAUGUGCUCACCAAGCCCUGCGGCCUGCAGAAGGGAGACCGGGUGGCUGUGAUUCUGCCCCGCAUCCCUGAAUGGUGGCUCAUCAAUGUGGCUUGCAUGAGAACAGGGCUUGUAUUCAUGCCAGGGACGAUCCAACUGACCAGAAAAGACAUCCUCUACCGGUUGCAAGCAUCCAAGGCCAAGUGCAUUGUGGCCAGUGAGGAAGUGGCCCCUGCAGUGGACUCCAUUGUGUCAGAGUGUCCCAACCUGAAGACCAAGCUCCUAGUGUCUCCACGCCGCUGGGACGGGUGGCUCGGCUUCCAGGAGUUACUUCAAUCGGCCUCUGAAGAGCACAAUUGUGUGGAGACAGGAAGUCAAGAACCAAUGGCCAUUUACUUCACCAGUGGGACCACAGGCUCCCCCAAGAUGGCUCAGCACUCACAGAGCAGCCUUGGCAUUGGGUAUGCCCUUUGUGGAAGGUACUGGAUGGACUUGACAUCCUCAGAUAUCAUGUGGAACAUGUCAGAUACUGGCUGGAUUAAGGCUGCUAUUGGUAGUGUGUUUUCAACAUGGCUUCGAGGUGCCUGCGUUUUUGUGCACCGGAUGGCCCAGUUCGACACUGAUACCUUCCUAGAUACACUUACCACAUAUCCCAUCACGACCCUGUGCAGUGCUCCUACAGUGUACCGGAUGCUCGUACAAAAGGACCUUAAGAGAUAUCAAUUCAAGAGGCUGAGGCACUGCCUGACAGGAGGGGAGCCACUCAACCCCGAGGUGCUGGAACAGUGGAAGACGCAAACUGGGCUGGAGCUGUAUGAGGGAUACGGACAGACUGAAGUGGGAAUUAUUUGUGCCAAUCGCAAAGGAGAAGAAAUUAAACCAGGCUCCAUGGGAAAAGGAGUAGUGCCCUACAAUGUGCAGAUUAUAGAUGAAAAUGGAAAUAUCCUACCACCUGGCAAGGAAGGGGAAAUUGCCCUUAGGCUGGAGUCUGGUCGGCCCUUCUGUUUCUUCUCUGAAUAUGUGGACAAUCCAGAAAAGACUGAUGCUACAAUAAGAAGAAAUUUUUAUGUCACUGGAGACAGAGGAGUGAUGGAUGAUGACGGAUACUUUUGGUUUGUCGGCAGAGCUGAUGAUGUCAUUAUAUCCUCUGGGUACCGAAUUGGGCCAUUUGAAGUAGAGAGCGCACUGAUAGAGCACCCAGCAGUAGUUGAGUCAGCUGUCGUCAGCAGUCCAGAUCCGAUCCGAGGAGAGGUGGUGAAGGCAUUUAUUGUGUUAGCUGCACCCUUCAAGUCCUCCAACCGUGAGAAGUUAACUGCUGAACUUCAGGAUCAUGUGAAAAACUCAACAGCACCUUACAAGUACCCAAGAAAGGUGGAAUUUGUUCAAGAACUCCCAAAGACAAUCACUGGGAAGAUCAAACGCAACGUGUUGAGAGACCAGGAAUGGGGACGGGUAUAG